AUGCAUCGCCGUCUUUUUCGGGCAGCAAUCAAGCCAGAAAUGUGUUGUAAGUUCCGUAGCUAUUUGGUAUUCAAGUUUAUUUGGUCAGGCCCGCGCACAUUGCCUCUCCCCCUCCUUACCCUCCUCGUGGACGUCCUCUCGGAUUGUCAUGGACAAAGCAAGCGCAGCUUAGGCAUCAUGGAGUCUCUGGAGGAGUACGACUUGGCGCGAGUCCUCAACUUCAGGUCAUCCUUGAAGUUUCUGUCACUGGUGGAGGAGGAGCUGGCGGGCUUUGUGGCGAGGGCUCAGCAGGAGGCGGUCGUCACCUCUGGCCGGAGGUGCCUCAUGUGUUUCCCGCCGCUGCAGCCCAAGUAUGCCCACUUGCUAACGAACCUCUGA